AUGUUGACCGCAGCAGAAAAGGGCGGCUCAGAGAAGCGAACCCAGUGCCCUGAUGAGCCCGAGCUAUCAAAUGCCUCCUUUUUUGACAUACCUGACCACACCAGGGCUUGGGACUGGGCAUCAGACUGGUCUGAGGACAAGAAUGAAGGGAAGAGAGGCCACAGUGAGAGAGACAGGAGGAAGAGACCCCUGGGAGAUGUCACAAGUUCAUGCACACUUGUGCACACGCACGAGAGGAAGAACCCUGGGCACAUUACCCCUACAGAGGCUGCAGUACUCAAAUCAUGUGGUCGCUCGGGCCGCCUGCAUCCAUGCGGGAGUUCUGUCCAUCGGGCACUCUGGCCUCAGGCCCUGGGUGACCCUGUGGUGCCCCUGCCCCGUUACCUUAGGGCCAAACCCAGGCACAGAGAUCAAUGGAACCCAAAGGCAAGUGAUGAAAGAGGGCAAGAAAAUGAUGAACAGACCGAGGCACAGCGAAGUAAACAACUCGCCCGAUAUACAGCGAAUGCGUCCCAGAGUCAGGAUGCUAACGCAGGCCCUUCUGUGCAGACCCUGCCUGUACCACUCAGGGACCCAGCAGGGGAGAAGCGAAGGAACAAACACUCUGAUCUCACUCCCUUCCUAACAGUCGGGCCUGCCAGUGUCUCUGCAACGGAAGCCCGAGGGCACAGGAGCCUCAUGCAGCACCCCGCCUAUUGCAUCCACACAGGUCAGCCCUCAGGUGGGGUCACGGAGGUUACCCAGGGCCUCAUCACUCCCACAGCCAAGAUCCACAGCAGGAGGCCGCCCGCCUCUCUGUACAAGGGCAGGAUGGCACACAUGCCUCCACCCCAAGCUGGUCCAGCAGCAUCAUGCCUCUCCUUCCUUCCUCAUUCCCGCUCCGGGCCCUGCCCUGCUCCUAUCACAUGCCGAAAUCUCAUGUGGCCUUCUUUAGUCAAGGCAGGCCAUUGGGAGUGGCUGUCUUGA